CUCCAACCUCACCCUCUCCGCCUCCCGCUGCGCAAGCUGCAUCUCCCGCUCAUGCUCCUCGCGGAACUGCGCAGCCAAGCGCUCGGCAUACUGCCUAUCAGCUUCGGCCUGCUGGACGGCGGCGGCCUGCUGCUCACGCAGGCGGGCGAGUUCCUGCUCUACGUGCUGCAGGGCCUGUUGCUGCUGGGCCUGUGCCUGGGCGAGGGCGUGCUGGGCGUCGAUUUGGUGUUGUGGCUGUUGGUAGGCGCCUACAGCGGGGUGAGAGGGAGGUUGAGGCCAGGAUUGCGGUUGUUGCUGCUGUUGUUGCUGCCAUGGUGAUGAUGGCGAUGCUGCUGAGGAUGGUGUUGGUGGUUGUUGGUGCUGCGGCUGGUACGGCUGCUGGUGAUACUGCUGCGGCUGUCCAUACUGAGUCCGAUCUUGUUGUUGACCGUACUGAACCUGAUGCCCGUACUGUCCAUAUUGCGUCGGCUGCUGCUGCUGUUGAGGCUGUUGUCCCUGCUGCCUCACCCGCUGAUACUCUUGAUUCGCCUGCUGCACAAUCCCCCCCGCCUUAGAAACCAUAUUACUAAACCGGCCCAUGGUUAUAUAUCCUCUGCCAAAAGGCAAUCCUCUCUAUUUCUCUUCGUCGUGUUGUAUUCCCGUCUCAUCCGACAAGUCGAUCUCCGAAAUCGGUGGCGUCCUGUCAAGUGUCAGAAAACAAGCCACCAUCGACGAUGGAAGCGCGAGGCGGCGGCGCUAUUUUAACAAGAUCGGAAGACUCAACCGAGAACCACCGAGUGUGGGGAAUCAUCGAAUGUCAAAUGACAAGUGAUAAGCUGGCGACUUUCCCUGGCACUUCAUUCACUUCCUCACACCCGUCUUGCUGCGUAGAACCACAAGCGGGACAAAUCCUUGUCUUCAGCUCGGUUCAGCUCUGCCUUGGCAUUGACCAUGACGUCGGGUAUCGUUG